UGCAGUCUGCAAGACAAUUCCAGGCGGGAAGGAUUACAAUGCAAAUGGGAAGCUAGCAGUUGCAACAUUUGACAGAUGUCUGCAAGUCAUUGUUCUUUCAUUGGUAUCAAUAUAUAUUUUGAUAUCAACUUUCUAUAUACCAUUUGUUUUGUUUAGAUAGCUAAACUGUUCAUUGAGAACAGAUGUUGCUAUACAUUUCCAGAUAACAUGCUGGAUAUUUACUUCAAAAUCAACAAUUUUACAUCCAACAUUAUAAUUGGGUCGUUUCUACAAUGAAUGAAAAUGAAGAAGAAACGGACAGAAAUACUUUCCUCUCCCAAAAUAUUUUACUAGAUUGAUUGAAAUGAAUUAAGAAAAAAUUGGAGACUUGGCGAUAUAAGAACUGACCACACUGUUUCAAGUGAUAAAUCAGUGAUGGAGAAAAACACCACAGGUCACCUCGAGCCAACUCCUGCAAUAUAUGGACUAAUAAUGAAUUUCACCAACGAUACCUAUGUGACAAAAUCUUCAGAGCUGAAGGAAAAUGAAGAGAGUGUAGCUUAUCAAACCAGUUUGGCAGUGAUUCUCUUCGUUUUCACACUCGCCACUACUUUAUCCAACGCAUUUGUCAUUGCAACGAUUUAUCAGUCGAAAAAACUGCACACUCCAGCAAACUUUCUUAUAGCGUCUCUAGCUGUCACGGACCUCUUGGUGUCCAUUUUGGUGAUGCCAAUAUGCGUAUUGUACACGGUGAGUCACACCUGGACAUUGGGACAAGUUAUAUGUGACAUUUGGUUAUCCUCAGAUAUAACAUGUUGCACUGCUUCUAUCCUUCACUUAUGCGUAAUCGCUUUGGAUCGAUACUGGGCAAUAACAGACGCCGUUGAGUAUUCCAAAAAGCGCACGCCAGCGCGCGCGGCGGGGAUGAUCGCGACUGCCUGGGUCAUCGCAAUCUGCAUCUCUCUACCUCCGCUUUUCUGGCGCCAGGUGAAGGCAGAGGAGUUGACUGAAUGUAAUGUCAACACGGACCACAUUUUCUACACUAUUUACUCCACGUUUGGAGCAUUCUACAUCCCCACUUUGCUGCUUAUCGUGCUUUAUGGAAGAAUAUAUGUGGAAGCCCGUAAGAUCAUUUUGAAACAGUCACCCAAAAAGGUAGGGAAGAGACUUACUUCAGCGCGCCUGGUCACGAACUCCCCUGGAUCUGUGGCAUCGACAUCACCUUUGCAGUGUGGAAGACAUGAUACCCACUCCGGUGACACGGGUUCCUCGGCAAGUGAGAACCAAGUGAAAGUAACCGUGUCUGACGCACUUUUGGAGAAAAAAAGAAUCUCAGCCGCUAGGGAAAGGAAAGCGACCAAAACAUUGGGAAUAAUUUUAGGCGCAUACAUUAUAUGCUGGUUACCCUUUUUCAUUUACACCCUGGUGGUGGCCACCUGUGAAACUUGUUUUUACCCCGAGUUGUUUGACUUUUUCAAUUGGCUUGGUUAUCUCAACUCGUUAAUCAAUCCAAUUAUAUAUACCAUGUCCAAUGACGACUUUAAAAAAGCUUUCCAUAAACUCUUGUGCUUCAGAUGUUGCAGAUCCUGAAAAGAUAUCUUCUGUGCCCUAUUUUGUUUGCAUUAUUGUUCUAUAGAAUACAAAAAAAAUAUUGAACACGUUUAUCAUACCCGUAUCUCUGCACAUUGUAAAUAUGGUACUGGAAAUGACCCUGUAUAUAGCUCACUUACUUCUCGGGCUCUUCUUAUUUCUAUUUCUGGGGUGUUUUUGUUCUACCUUAUGUUAUUUUAGGUAGUACAUUGAUAUUGAUACAUGCAUUGUUGGGUUUAAAGCUUGCGAUAAGCGUUUGCAUAAUGAUGACCUUUUGGGGACCUACAUUUUUACGAACUCGCCAACGUUGCGCAAUCCUCAAAUGCAGGUUUAAUAUGUAAUACAGCUAUACUUGAUCCGAUUAUAAUACAUUGUGAACACAACUGCACAAAAUCACAGUUGGAAAAUUCAGAUUUGUUGUUCGUGUUUUGCAAGGUCUUCAAUUUGGGGAAUAUGUUGGCGCGCGGCGCAUUGCGCGUUAUUCCCAGGGUGACUGACCCUAAUGCAUUUCAUAUCCGCUGCACCAUUAGUAGGCCGUAGAGCUCUCCAAACCAGACUGGGCUAAAAGCAUUAUUUCUGUACAUUGGCUAGCUAUGAGAUUGUGUUUUUUUUGUUUUUGUUUUGCAUACACAUGUGUGUACAUAGGCCGAAUUAUAAUUUCGUUUUCUUUGUAAAACUGUCACAUGGAAAUAAGGGAUGCUACUGUAUUUAUUCUAUCAGGAUAAGUGAUGGAAAGGAUUAUGAUACGAUCGAACUGUAUUGGUUGACUAUUGGUUUACUAUUAGCAUGUUAAAGAUCAGUGGUUCCCAAACACAUACCCCCUCUAGCACUAGCGUCAGCUCACUCUCAAAUGUAGUUUUUUUUGCCAUAAUUGUAAGCCUGCCAAAGACACACAACGCGAUACAUUUAUUAGACAUAAGAAUGAGUGUGAGUUUUUGUUACAGCCGGCUCGUGGGAAGUGACGAAGUGCUCUUAUAGGACCAGGCCACAAAUAAUAAUAUAAUAAUAAUCAAUCAUUUAGCUCUUUAUUUAACCAUCUUACAUAUAAAACCUAAUUUAUUAAUCGAAAAUUGUGAAUAACUCACCACAGGUUAAUGUGAAUGGUGUGCUUGAAAUUAUGCACAUAACUCUGCAAUAUUAGGUUGUAUUGGAGAGAGUCUCAGUCUUAAAUCAUUUUCCACACACAGUCUGUGCCUGUAUUUAGUGUACAUGCUAGUGAGAGUCGAGAAUCCACUAUCACAUAGGUACGUGGUUGCAAAGGGCAUCAGUGUCUUAACAGCGCGAUUUGCCAAGGCAGGAUCAUCUGAGCACAGACCAAAUCAGAAAUCUGUCAGUGGCUUCUGAUUAAAUUAAAUUUUCACAGAACCGCUUGUUGCAAUUUCGCCAAGGCUCUCUUGUUCAGAUAUCGGUAAGUGGACUGGAGGCAGGGCAUGAAAGGGAUAAUGAAUCCAGUUGUUUGUGUCAUCCGUUUCUGGAAAGUACCUGCGUAAUUGCGCACCCAACUCACUCAGGUGCUUCGCUAUAUCACAUUUGACAUUGUCCGUAAACUUGAGUUAAUUUGCACACAAAACAUUAUACAAUGCUGGAGAGAACGGUGUGUUGUCCUUACUAAUGCAGACAGAGAAGAGCUCCAACUUCUUAAUCAUAGCCUCAAUUUUGUCCCGCACAUUGAAUAUAGUUUCAGGCCAGUCAUGUGAGAAACUCUUUAUCAUCAAGUGAAAAUUAUGGUCAGUAAAGAAAACUUUAAGCUCUCUCUCAAUUAAAAAAAAAACGUUGUCAAUAUUUUGUCCCUUGAUAACCAGUGUUGUAAAAGCUUUACACGGCACCUGCCCAUGUCAUUGCAUAGUGCAGAACAUACACGAGAGUUCAGGGGCCUUGCUUGGACAAAGUGAACCUUUUUCACUGUAGUGUCCUAAAUGUAUAUCAAGCUGUCAGGCAGCAAAAGCCUCUCGGUGGAUGCUGCAGUGUACCCAAGUGGUGUCGGGAGCAACUGUUUGCACGCGUGUUACCACUCUACUAUGUCUCCAUGUCAUGGCUUUUGAGCCAUCAGUACAGAUACCAACAUGAGCAGCAGCUAUGUUUGGCUACAUAUGGACCGUUAGUGGAAUUCCCGGGAGAGAGUAACUGUUAAUGUGAUUGGUGGUUAAUUAUUUGACUCGGCUAUUUGUAUUUGGCAUUGUGUUGUUAUUUCGCUAAACACAAGAUGGUUUAAUUUUAUUUUAGGCAGUGAAACGAGGCUACUCAGGCGAGAAAAAAAACUCGCCCAAAUGUAUAUCCCCUUUGGAAAAUAUAAAUGGACUGUUGAAAAUGCGAUUUAUUUUUUAUUUUUUAAAAUGUGAAUCACAUUUUUAUUUGGCGUAACCCCGACGGCAUUGCGCAUACCCCUGGGGGUACAGUUUGGGAAUACCUGUUAUAGAUCAACUGAUGCUCAACCUUGGCUCAUGAACAAGUCUUGAGUUACAAGUCGACCAAUGUUCUUUAGAACUUUUAAAUGAGCCUGUCAAAGCUGAAUCCCUGGGAUAGUCACAAAGUUAAUUGCUUGACUGGGUGAGGAAAUCUUUUAUUGGGGUUUCAAGGAAGAAAGCCAGGAUUCAUAUAACCUGAAUGUCAAACACAGACCCAGACUGGUUUUAUUGUGGGUGAUAUUUACCCAAUAGACAUGACAGCUGAUGAACACAUUCAAUUUUACUGAACAAACAUGUAGUGUUUAACAGUGUAUGUCUGUAUGUGUUGGUGUAUUUGAACUGUAUGUUGAUACAUUUAAGUGCACACAUGUCUCUGUUUGUUCUGGCUAGCAUCAGCUACAAAAUAAUUGACUGUCUUGAAUUACAUAAGAGAACCAUAUCAAGAUACAGACAAUUAAUCAAACCUCUUGGCAUUGAUUUGUGAAACAUUGUGUUCUACAAUAAGGCCUAAGGCUUGCCAUACAUAUUCGGAAAUCAUUUUUUGCAUUAUGAAAUGCUGUAAAAUAAAAGCUUCUGCAAUGAAAUACUG